AUGUUCAGUUUUAAUUGGAAUACAAUUGAUGAAUCAACAUUUCAAGGACAUCUGAAUAAAUAUACAAAUGCAUUUAAAGGAUAUCAAAGUCGAUAUUUUGUGCUAGAUUCCGAGACUAAAUCUUUACUCUAUUUUAUGCCCGAUGAAGUUCGAAAGAAAGGUCCAAGAGGUGUGAUUGAAUUAACAGAUUGUUGGAUAUCACCAUCGAAUGAAGACGAUGUUACUUUUACUGUACAAACAGCAAGUGAUAUAUAUAAAUUUCGAGCUAGUGAUGCUAAAGAUAGACAAAAAUGGAUUGAUAAAUUACGACCAUGUUCUGGAUUGAAUGCAGCUGAAAUUUUUGUUUCUUCGUUAUCAUCGUCGAAAACUAAUUUAACUAAUUCAUCACAACCAUCCAAUGAUGUACAAACUGAUUCAUUGAAUCGGCGAGAUUCGAAAAUCAAUCAUCAUCAACAAACUCUAAAAGAAAUGAAAGAAGUCAUACGUUGUGUAGAAGUAAAUCAAAGAGAAUUUGUAGAAACCAUUGAUUCAAUACCAGAUAAGAAUCAACUGAACUCUCUAUCGAAAGAUAUGUUAUUAUUGCGUUCUAUAUCUCAAUCCUGUAUUAGUUCAUUACAAGACAGUUUGACAAUACUGACACGAAGACGGACACCUGAUCAUGAGCCACAUCCGUCGUCGUUAGCCCCAACUAAUGGAACACAGACAUUAACAACAAUGCCGAAUCUAUCUGGCAAACAAUUGAGUCAAUCAUAUAAUAGUGGUACUAGUGGUAGAUCAUGUCUAAGUGCUGGCGUAUCGUCGCAAUCAAAUUCACAUUCCUCUCUUAAUAAAACUGCAAGUCUCAGUGGCUUAAAUCAAUCAUCUUCAUUGAAUGAUCCCAUAUUACCAAUAAAAAGUUUACGUGCUGAUGCUGGCACUCCAACUAGUACAUCCGAGUCAUCACAGUGA